AUGACAGAGAAGGAAGAUGCUACCAAUCAACCCGAAAAAGAACCAUUAGAUGACGAAGCCCUAGAAAAGCUAGCAGUUGAGGAGCUGCUGCGGGAAGCUGUGCAAGGUGCUGCCAGAGCCGAAAUUGUGGGACCCUCCGGUUGGAUCAAAGCUCCGCAACAAAAGACUAACAAGCGUUUCUUAGUGAACACUUUGAGGAAUGCUGUAACCUCUAACAAAUAUCACUCGCGGCCACGCCGACACUCGCACAAAUCGCCGAACCGGGAAAAACAUCCAGAACCCUCCAUUAAAAAAGACAGAUCUAAAAGAAAACAUUAA